UCCAUGGUCCAGCCACCUGCCCCCCGUAUAUCACACACUCCCAGCGCCACACCCUGACGAGCCAAAGACAAAAGGGUUGACGAGGACGAAGGGAAGAAGCAGGAGAGCGAGGAUCCGAGGCCCGAGGGAGACAGCGGCCUGCCGGGCCGCAAACAGGAGGAUGGGGGACGCCGAGCCGUGGCGCCGGCUGCGGUGGCGCGGUCUCGGCCGCCGGCACCGGCGCCGGAGGCUCCCGGUCGCCCGGCUCGGCGGCGGGCGCGGGCGGGGAAUCCUGCGGCGGCUCCGCCUGCGCUGGCUGACGGCGCGGUGGCUCCGGCGCGCGGCACGCAGGCUGGCCGCGAUCUACCUGGCGGCGCUCGCGGGCCCGCCCUCGCCGCGCGGCGCGGCGUCGUCGACCUGCCCGCCGUGGCUCGGCCUGGAGCCGUGCUUCGCCACGCCCUUCGUGGCCAGCACGAGGCCGUGCUGGUGACCGGUGACUGUGAGCCGCUGCCGCGGAAGGGCGGCUUCUCCAGCCUGCGCCGGCGGCGUCGCAGCUCGAUCGUUGCUCGUCGGCCCUCGGUGGCGCUGCGCGCACCCGAUGACUACAGCGACGGCCCUACGGAGGAGACACUAAAAGAAGACGACGUGAAGCUUUGGUGCAACAAUCGGUCAGAGAUGCAUGCAUAGAAGACUCCUUUUCUUCUUCUCUCAGUUUCUGCUUGUUCUUGUUUUUCUUGUUGUAAGCAAAGAAACGGUAAUAUCUAAUUUCUUCAUCUUAAAUUUGAACUCUAUCCACGGGCAAUACAAUAAUCUGUGUAGUGUUGAUCA